UAUUCUGCUUUGAUGGCAGAAUUGGGCGAAAAAGCUCCUGCGGGAGCAGCUGCUGGAAUGUUUCCACCUGCAACUUCAACUGGCGUGAAGCCAGCAAUGCCAUUAGGCGCAUUCCAAGCUCCUCCUGUACGCCCGCGUUUUCCUCUUGCGGGGCCUCCAACACCAAUUGUGCGUGUCAACUUGGCGAAGCCUGGAAGUCAACCUCCUGGAAAUCAUCCGCCUGGAUAUCAGCCUUGGGCAAGCGAAGCGCAAGGUAACUUUUAUGGAUUUUCUGGUCUUCCUGGUCAAGAUCCGGCUGCUGCAGCGGCUGCAUGGGCAGCGUGGCAAGGCUAUCCUACACCUGUUCCACCUCCUCCGAACACUGGUGCUGAUGGUGGUGGAUCUUCAACAGGGGGUGGGUUGGCAAUGUUUCCACCUCCACCACCUCCUCCGCCACCAGUGCCUAAAGCGGAGGUUAAGGAAGAAUUUGGAUCGAUCUUUUCGGCACCGCCACCACCGAAUUAAUCAUUUUAGGUCAUAAAGUUUUUUGGGGUUGGAAAUUUUUCAUUAAAUCUAAAAAACUGUUCAUUCCUUUGUCUUAAAUAAUUUAAUUUAAAUAUUUUUUAAAGUUAAAAGCAUAAAUGAACAGUUUUGGCCCACGAAGGUCUCUGAUAAUUUGGCUCGUUUUUGUUUUAUUUUUAUUAAUAUUUUCUUUGAUCCUUUCCAAUUGCUAUAUAUAUUUUUCA